GCAUUGUGGAGGCAGCGCGCGCCCAGCGCUGAGCCGCGGCCCGGGACCGCGCGCAGGGAGCUGUCCGAGGUGCUGACCGUCCCGCCCGCGCCCUGCGCACCCGUCUGCUCCCGGCCCCGCGGUUCCCCGGUCCCCGGCUGGCUCCCGCCCUCUGGCUGUCCACCUCUCGAAACCCAAGGGUGUAGCGGCCGAAGGAAGUCAUGGUGUUCGCUCCAGGUGAGAAGUCUGGGAAGGAGCUAGAGGAGGUGAAGCUGCAGAACACCAGCAAGCAGAUUGUCCAGAAUGCCAUCCUGCAAGCCAUGCGGCAAGUCUCCCAGGAGAGCCUGCGGAGGGAAGGCAGACCCAGUGACAGCAGGGCCUGGGGCCAGCUGGGAGGGCGCGAGCUGACCAAGAAACAUGAAAAGAAGUAACGGGUGCUGCUGGCUCUGGCUCUUGUCCCAUGCUUGGUCUCUGCCUUUCCUGUUAGCAUAGGACGUGUCGCCAAAAUGUUGCCAAUAAGCGAAGCAGCGUCAUGGAUGCCUGUCAGUAGAAUGAGUUCACGCUAGCCUUUACGACAAGCUGUGGUUUGCAAAGCUGCAUUAGGGGCUCUUCAUGUCUUUGUAAUACCUCUGGAAGCAGCUGAGCCAGACAUGGCACUCACACCGCGAAAGUCAUUUUUUAACAAACCUAUUUUCCAAGUUCUUUAAAAGAAAAAAAGUUCUACAUCUUGUUUAUUUAUACAUUCUUUUUAUGUAUAAUUCAACCAGCAGCCUUUAUUCCCCUUCAGAGCUACUGACUGCAGUUCUGUGUUCUUCAUAACUAUUAAAAGACACACUAGAGAGAUGAUGGGAUAGGGUUUUAGCCCUGUUCAAAUACAGGCUCGCAGGCUGUUACAAUGGUAUAAGUAUAGGUUCAAGGUCAAAUUGAGCAGGCAUGUUCUGAGCCCAGCCCUGCACUACAGCUUAUGUUUAUAACACUCCAAGAAAAAGAGAGGGAGACACAUUUAUGCUGUGUGAGAACUCAGCCCUUUUAAUCUCUGUUGUCUGAAUUGUUUGCUGUUGGUGUUUACCUUCAGUGCUGAGAUCUGUUGUUCUUAGCUGUGGGUUAAAUGAGAUGACUGAGUCUGUAUGCAGAACUGCUGACGAUGCAGUUCUUUGGCAGCCAUCUUGGACAGCCAUACUCUGUGCAUAAACUCUGAGCCCCCAAGCUGCUCCUCACCCUGCAUUGACCUACCCCUAUGGGUGGAGAGGGCAGCGUCCUUGGCAGGGAGUCUGGACCCUAUGGUCACUGCUCCAUCACCCAGCCCUGCAUUUCCACUGGGCCCCCUACUGACAGGGAUUCUCCUUCUUCCACAAAAGAAAUCAGCAUGACCACUACAAAAACCAUAAGGUCACGCACGGCUCAGGAAACUGUUUUAUUUUUAAUUCUCUGAGGCGUGUAAACAGAACGAGAAGAGUGAAGUGGCUGCAGGCUGAAGGGGUUUGGAGAGAUGUGUGCGCAUGCGUCUCAACGUAGCCAUCUCCAUGCAACCCCAUAACUUCCUGCUGCUCCUGUGUGGACAAUAGAUGUCUCUCUGAAGACAUCCUUUAGAGUCUGUUUACUGUGCUCCACAGAGGCCACUGGGCUGGUGCUCCUUGGGACAGCAGAAGAAUUUAGCCUUGGUUAGAAACCUCUGGUCUACAGAGUGUCAGUGUCUACACUGACCCGUGUUCUAAAUGCCAAGUAUUGCUACCAUACAAAAUGUGGCUAGUGUUCAGACACCUCCAGAAUUCCAAUAUUCUAUGCUAUGUGUGACCAGGGAUAAUACAGACAACAUUAGAUGGGUAAAACUAUUUAUUUUUACUGUAUUAGACUAUAUUUGGUGGUGCAUAGGGUGGAAUAAAUUAAUUUAGAGAGAAAGAACUCAUGGGGGGCAGAAGGUUUGCAAUUUCAGAUAUUGUUUAUUCCUUGAUGUUUUAAAAGCAGAGCUCAUGGCAAUUAAAGAAUGAACCUAAGAUCAUAUGGUUGACACAGUAGUGUAGCCUGGGCGGCGAGUGGGGAUAAGGGCACUUGGAGAAAUUAUCCAGAUGUGCCCAAAAUGAGAAGCAAACCCAGCGCUUGUAGUUUGCAGGUGACCUGCCACUGUGUCUCUGCCGAGACAUCUGUCUAUAACCCACCUUGUUUCUCUGUCAAAUGUCAGAAACAUAAAUAUGUUAUCUUUCUUCUCUGGUGUGUAUGUACUACUACGCUACGGGUCUGGGAAAUAUUAUUAAGUUCUGUAUCUAAAUACUAUUUAUAAAUAAACUAUAUCCAGCUUUGA